CAGUAUAUAGACUGCGAAUACCCCCGUCCCUUCCUUUCUAGCAUACAAAGCCUAAAAUGCUCUCUAAAAUCAUCCUAAUCAACAAAAUCAUCCUCCUCGCCUUCCAUCACCUCUUCUCUCGUCUCCGUCUAAAGAUAACCUCCCUCGUCCACCGCAUCACCUACCGCCCCGUCAGCAACCCCCGCGACAUCGUCGUUAUCGGCGCGUCCUUCGCCGGCUACCAUACAGCCUACUGUCUAGCGCACUCCCUACCCACCGGCUAUCGCGUGACGGUGAUUGAAAAGAAUUCGCAUUUCCAGCUUACGUGGGUUUUACCCCGGUUUUGCGCGGUGAAGGGACAUGAGUCCAAGGCGUUUAUACCGUAUGGGCCGUAUCUAGCGAAAGCGCCAGGUUCGGUGUAUAGGUGGGUGUGUGAUGAGGUGGCUGCCAUCGUUCCUGACGAAAAGGGAAACGGACAAGGGAGAGUUCUACUACGGUCAGGAGAAGAGAUUGACUACGAGUAUUUGGUGUUGGCGACGGGGUCGUCGGCUACGUUGCCGUCUCGUGUUGAGGAGGAGAGUAAGGAAGAUGGGAUACUGGCGUUGCAGGGAGAGCAGCAGCGUUUGGGCGAAGGUCGCGAUGUUGUUGUGAUUGGGGGCGGGCCGGCUGGGAUUGAACUGGCUGCUGAUGUGAAGACUGAAGAUCCGGAGAAGAAUGUCACUCUGAUUCAUUCGCAUGGCGCGCUGUUGAAUGGUCAUUUUGGGAUAGACAUGCGUCAGCGCGUAUUGAACGAGUUGGAGACGCUGGGUGUCCGAGUCAUCCUGGGUGAACGGCCGUCUGUAUCGGACGGGACAACGGAAUUGACGCUGAGCACGGGCGAGAAGAUCCCGUGUGACUGUUUGGUCAAAUGCAUCGGUCAGAAACCCAAUUCCAAGCUUUUUUCAUUCUCGGUCUCUCCCUCGGGAUACAUCCAAGUCCGACCAACGCUGCAACUAGCCGAUUCAUCCAUGGAUAAUGUUUACGCAGCGGGCGACAUUAUCGACAAGGACAUCAUCAAGAAUGGCCGGGCGGCUAUCGAACAAGCGCAAAUUGUAGCACAGAACAUCGUCCGGCGGAUCCAUGGAAAACAGCUGGUUGCAUAUCAGUCGCGGUGGUGGGAGGGCGUCACCAAGUUGACUAUGGGACUGAGGAAGAACCUGGUGUAUGUGAACGAUGGCAAGACGGAUAUGGCUUUCUCGAUGAAGAAUAAACGAGAGGAAUUGGACAGUGCGAUGGUCUGGCGGUUUUUCGGGGCGAAGCCGUACGAGGACCCUGAAUAACUAGGAUUGUGUUACUGGUAGUUAGCAUCAUAGCAAUUAGCAAACAUCACCGAACCCACCGAUAUAAAUACCCCGCUUUCACUUCACCUCUCCAAUUCCAUCAAACACAGCCAAAAUGCAGCCCGGCGACUCUUUCCCAUCAGACGUUGUCUUCCAACACAUCCCCUGGGCUCCCGAGAGCCAGGAGGUCACCUCAUGCGGCAUCCCGAUCGCCUACAACGCCUCCAAGGAAUGGGCCGACAAGAAGGUCGUCAUUUUCUCUGUUCCCGGUGCAUUCACCCCUACUUGCUCUGUUGAGC